CAAUCAGAGCGCUCGUCCUCUGGCACUGAAAGCCGAAGCCGGCGGCCGCACAGCCGGGCGAGCGCUUCCUCCGUCACCUGGAGGCUGAUAUGAGCUUUUAAACCGGGAGUUAACGGGAAACGGAUGCCUCUAUGAUCCAGCUAACCUCACGGCGAGAUACAAAGUGUUCAGUUUACACACGAGGUGAGCCAUGGCUGAACCGAACCCCUCCCGUCCCCAAAGGAAGAUGUCCACCGCUGGGGAGAGCGUGUACAAGGUGCUAGGGCUGGAGAAAGGAGCGUCACCUGAGGACAUCAAGAAAGCGUACAGGAAGCUAGCGUUGAAGUACCACCCGGAUAAGAACCCGGACAACCCGGAGGCGGCGGAGAAGUUCAAGGAGAUCAACAACGCCAACUCGAUUUUAAACGACGAGACCAAGAGGAAGAUCUACGACGAGUAUGGCUCCAUGGGGCUUUACGUGUCCGAGCAGUUCGGAGAGGAGAGCGUCAAAUAUUACUUCCUCAUGUCCAAGUGGUGGUUCAAGGGUCUGGUCAUGUGCUGUACACUGUUCACCUGCUGCUGCUGUUGCUGCUGCUGUUGUUUCUGCUGUGGGAAAUGUAAACCACCCGACGACGACGAAAACUACCAGUAUGUCAACCCCGAAGACCUGGAGGCCCAGAUCAAGGCGGAGCAGGACGGAGGUUACACAGUAAUCAUAGGCCAGCCCACGUCUAAUCUGGGUCCGGAAAGCCCAGAAGGCCAGAGUCAGCCCAUCCCCCUGCCAAUGCCAAUGCCAAUGCCUCCAGCUGAGCCCCAGCCUGCGACGAGUCCGGCGGGGGAAGAGAACCCCGGAGAGACCUUACCAGAGUCGAAAUGACUCGAAAGUGACGGAGUGGAUGAGCCUCAACUAGUAGAAGCAGCCUUUCCAGCCCCUCUUAUGAUCCAGCCACAUUCGACUGCUGCCAGCGACGCAGAGAUCAACCAGCUCAAAGCCACCAGCCAACCCGGGCCAACGCCUCCAUCCUGACCCCCGCCUCAACCAACCAACCAACCAACCCCCAGAUCUACCCACCGGAUGACACCUGUAAGGAGGGCACUCAAAGGCUCCUCCGUGGAACUCACGUUACGGACGACUGUUCACGCAAAUUGAACUGGCUGGGCUCUGAAAACUCGACUUUAGUUCCCCGUUUCCCUUCCAGCUCGCCUCAUACUUCUUUCUAGCAGUUCAGUCAUCAGGGCUCUCAUCACGUGACACUGUGGGCGGGAAGGUGGCAAAAGCAAGCAUGGAAAGGUCUUUAUUAAAGCCACUAUCCAGACCAGGACUGGAACCCAAACCCUCCCGGUCUGCCUUCAUUUUGGACUCCGAUGGUCACCAACGGGAGCUUUUUUUUUUUCUUACAUUUCUCCCCCUUUAAGAUAAAACCAAGGAUGUUUUUUGGUUACGGAUGCCACUUGUCUCAUGUACACAUCAUCAGACGCCAGCAGCACGACAACGUGGGUUUGACGGACCUUUUUUUCCCCGCCCUCUUCCUCCUCCUCGUCCUCCUGUUCGACAUUAACUCCCUCUAACGUUCGUCCUUUCAAAUCAGCUCUCGAUGCCGAAAUAUUCUUUGGAAGGAGGCGAGAGGAGCGUCACAGACUCUUUCCAUCGGGACACAAACGUGAAGGGGGGGGAGGGAGGAGAGCAGAAGAGACGGAUUACGACGUUGAAACGUCUGAGCCAAAACCUGGAGCAUGGAUCAGCAGUAAGAGUCGAGGCUUCCCUCCCCAGACGUGCAUGCAUUUUUCUGUUUUACCCCCGGAUGCAUGCCCUCCUCCUCCCCCCUCUCUACUGUACAGCACUGGAAGACAAACAACAAACCAUGACAGCGUCUGCCUAACCUUACAGACUCUCUCUCACACACACACACACACACUCUGCAGUGUAUACAAACAUACUUGUACCAGCUCAUAAUGUCAUCGUGUGCCACCCUCUGCUAAAAAAAAUUUAAAAAAUGAAAUACAACCCCCAGCAUAACCUACGGACUAAAACGGACUGACGCCACACCGUGGGAAAGAAACGCAGCAUUUACGUGUCUGAAAAUUAUCUAAUCGCCGCGUGUUGCAGUCGGACUCUUCCGUAUAACGAACGCAACAGCUCCAUGUAGCCCGCCGACCCGUGACGACCAGACGAGGCCGAUUGCUCCGUGAGCCGCAGUUCAGUGUGUCAAAAAGUUUUUUUGUACAUGCAUCUGUUGCCAUUUCAUGUAGUCCUUUUUUUUGUUUGUUUUCUUUUUGUUGACUUCCAGAAACCAUCAAGGUUAAACUAAACACUAAACCCUGAAAUCCACCAAGACGCGAGAGGAGCUGCAGCCGCCAAUCAGACGCUCCGAUCUGACCUCUGACACUCGACCUGUCGUGUUCUGACUUUGUUUAUUUCACGAAGCAGCUUCUAAAUCUGAGUCUGACGGAAAUUUACGCUGCAAAAUAGAAAAAACAAGAAGUUUAAUUUGGUUUGUGUACGAUGGUUUGAGAGGGAGAGAGAGAGGGUGGUUGAGUGACAUAGAAAGUGAAUGAGAGCAAGAGAGCGCCGGGCUCGAUAAAGUCAAGAGAAUCCAGUUGAUUUUCAAAAUAAAACACCCCGUGGGGACUCACAAUUGUAUAAAACUCACUCAUGGUUGAAGCACAUUCACUGACCAGAAUUGAGCAAGUUAACAAAGUUAGUUUACGUCUUCGUCUCUCAGUCCUCUUUACCACAAAUUUCACGGCAACGGUGACGUGCCGUGAACAAUAACAGCAAUAGCAGCGGCGACCGAACAGACGACUCUCGACGUGUUUUCUAAGUGUCGGUGUCGUGUUUAUGACCGUGACUGUUGAGUCUUUGUUCAUCAGUUCAUCUCGUGCAAACCUUUAGUGAAUCUGGAUCAGUGUCCACGUCCACCAGAGAUCUUUUGAACAUCCAGACUUUACCGAACAAACGUCAUCUUAAAGUUUUGGACCUUAGUCCAGUUAGAAAGCAUCGUCGUCGGCCAAAAGUGACGUCUUCCAGAACACACAGAGAUUCAGUUUUCUGUCGUGUGAGUCAAAGAAAAACCAGCAGAUUGUCACAUUUGUACUGAAAUGAUUGAUUAAUUGAGGAAUCAUUAACUUUUAGAGGCCCCUUGUUGAGGAUUGAAGUUGGUGCAGCCCGGUGUUGAAUUAUUUGGUCAUUGAUCUGUAUGUAGAGGGCUGUUAAGAGCGGUAACGGGGCCGUGUUUUCAUUGGAUUUAAUUAGUUAGCAGCUCUAAUUAAUCAUCGCUGUGUUCCAUGUACAGUCAGAAGUUAAAGCUCGUUGUGAACAACAUCCAACAUCAUGUGAGCGGCGUUCUAUGGCGUUUGACCACAGAGCUGCUUUGAUAGAUUUUACACGACUUGUAUCAUAAUUCUUCUUUGUUAUUAAUUUCUUAUCAAUGUCUUUUGACUGAAACGCAGCACAAAUCUGAGUUUGACGGGACGGACACUGAAACUUUAUUUAACACAACUUAAGGAAAAGUUCGACAUUGUGGGAAAUGUAUUCACUUUCUUCACGAGUUGCUGCUCUUGCUGAGAAAUAUUCUGGCUCAUGAAACAGUUUUUCUAGAGAUUAAACAACGAGCGAGCUUCUAAACGAGGCUGUAUUCAGACAGGAUCAGGUUUGCUGGCGGUGUGUCUGUUUGUGGUGGACGCAACCGCUGCGAAACAAUCAACAAAUAACUUUUUAUUUCCCCGAUUAAAGACUUUAAUCGAGGCUGCAAAAUAGAAACACAGAAGUUUUAAUUUGGUUUGAGAGAGCAGUGGUUGAGCGACACAGACAGUGAAUGAGAGUGAGCGAGCGUCAGCCUUGAUUAAAGUCGCCAAUCAGCGAAAUAAAAAGUUAUUUCUUGGUUGUUUCACAGCGGUCACGUCCACCACAAACAGACACACUGCCAGCAAACCUGAUCUGUCUGAAUAGAGCCUUGGAGGUAGUGGAAACUCUAUUUCCCAAAAUGUUGACCUCUAAUCAGACUCAUUUAAAUAGAAUAAAACAAACUUUAAGAUUGUUUUCUGUAGUUCAGUUGAGUAGGUCGAUGUGCUGUGGAGAAUUAUUAGAGCAGUUCUAGGUGGAUUUUUUUUUUUUUUUUUUAAACAAACGUCGUCGUUUUGUGGCGGCAGGCUGAAAUUUAAACGAGUUUCUCUCCCACAGUAAGUGAAGGCUUUAAUUAAACGGCUCGAUAUGACCUGAUGAACUGCAACACACUGCUGUAAGACGUACAUGUAGGACCAGCAACCGAGAUCUUUGUUCAUAAACCAGCUCAGACGAGUAUCUCCGUCGUGUUACGUUAGCUUUGUCUUUGAUGGAUCACGUUAGCUCGUCUGCAGACUUUAAAGUUUCAUCAUUUCUGAGUUUUUAAACCAUCAAAACCCAAAAAAAAACUCGUCCCCAAAAACAUUUCAGGAAUAAUUAUUUUUUUGUCUUUUCUUCAGAUCUUCUCAAAUCAAAUCACUUAAAAGUGUAAAAGCGAUGUGGCCGCGGAGCGCUGAAAGAAGACAUAUUAUUUAUUAUUUUUGUAAUUGUUGUAAAUAACUCAUAAAACAGAAAAAAAAUAACUGACGGAAUAAUGGACAUGUUUUAUGAAUUAAUGUCUGUUUUAACUGUGUACAUACAUUUUUAAGUUGUUUUUUUAUUUGUCACAUAGAAAUGCCAUAAUUUGAAUUUAAUAAUACAAAUAAAAGAAAAGUUGUCUGCGGCGGUGACGGGGGUGUGGUGUCAACUUGUUGGUCAACUUUUAAUAAUAAACACUGAAUUCAUUUGUGUGUGUCACGGUUAGCACGGAGCUAACGUUCUUCCAAGGACAGACGGAUGAUUUAGUCUCCGCGUUGUCAUACGAAGUUGACCAAGAGUGACGAGAAAAUAACACUAGAACGACGCGACGAGGACGUUUUUAUCAGCGUAGAUGAUGUUUUGGUUUUUUCUUUGAGUGGGUGAGAUGUGUCACUCGCUGUUGUGGUUCCCUGUGGACGAUAUGUAAAUGAGUUAUUAUGAAAUUCAACCGAAUAAAACAAGGGGGAUUUUA